AUAAAACCUGCGGGUCCUCUUUGUUGACAGCAGAGUCCAGUGGAAACCACCGAGCGCUUCUCAGCGGCUCCGUAUUAGCAGUUCACAUAUCAGAUAUCAUCAUAUAUCCCAAACAAGCAGUCAUGGUGGCUAUGGCAAAGAGAGUGAAAACCUUUCAAAUCAGCUUUUCGGACCCCAACAAGACGUUUUACUGCGGCGGGGACAAGGUGUCCGGCCGGAUACAAGUGGAAGUGAACGAAGUGACCCGUGUGUCCGCAGUGAAGGUCCUGGGUCUGGGCUGCGCCAAGGUGGAGUACGCUAAAGGCAAGCAGCGGUGCCGACAGGAGGCCGAGUACCUGAGACAUGAAGAGGUCCUGCUACUGGACGGCCAGCCCACAGACUCUGAUGGAUCAGUCGUCUUGAGGCCUGGCAACAAAUAUGAGUACAUCUUUGGAUUUGAGCUCCCCCAGCAAGGGCAGCUGGUGUCCUCAUACAAGGGGAAGUUUGGCUAUGUCCAGUACUAUGUGAAGGCCCUGAUGGAGAGGCCUCAGCAGCCCACCUUUGAGUGUAGGAAAGCCUUUGAAGUGGAGGAGCCCCUGGAUGUCAACACCCCAGACCUGCUGUCUCCCUCAGGUGGCAUGAAGGAGAAGAAAGUCACCUGCAUGUUCAUCCCUGAUGGCCAGGUGUCACUGAAUGCAAAAAUUGACCGCCGUGGCUUCUGUGAAGGCGAAGACAUCUGCAUCAACGCAAAGUUUGAGAACACCUGCUCUCGCAUUGUGGUGCCCAAGGCCGCCAUCAUCGCCAAGCACACUUACCAGGCCAACGGCCGCACCAAGGUAUUCCGCCAGAAGUUGUCUUCGGUGCGCGGCAACCACAUAAUCUCCGGCAUGUGUGACGCCUGGCAAGGAAAGACCAUCAGGGUGCCAAAGAUCAAACCCUCUAUGCUGGGCUGCAACAUAAUCCGUGUGGAGUACGCUCUAAUGAUUUACAUCCACAUCCCUGGUAGUGAGAAGCUGAUACUGGAGCUGCCUCUGGUCAUUGGUACCGCUGGUCUGGGCAGCCGCAGCAACAGCGUAAGCAGCCAGGAGGGUUCGGUCAGCAACUCGUCCCAGAGCUGGGUGUCCCUCAGGAUGCCCUCUGAGCCUCCCAGCUACUGUGACCUCACCCGCGACUGCCGCCUGGACCAGCCCCUCACGCCACUCCUGGACGACGUUGACGGUGACGCUGACGACAGCCCCAUCUUCAUGAACGCUCCAGCCUUUCAGUUCCCGCCAAGUCCGACAUACACUGAGGCUGAGGAGGAGUACCAUGGCAACGCUCGCAUGCUGCCGGUCUGCUGAAGUCCAGCAGGGAUUCUACAACUGUGGUCCAGCUCUCAGGGACCAUUCAUCUUAAGCACUUGAAAAGGAGCAGAAGGUCCAAACUCCAGAGAAGAUGUGUUGGGAUUCAGAAGUAUAGCCAGGACUGUGGAAAUGGACAGAAAGAGGCUUGCCUGCUCUGUCUGCUGUCUUCACCGCGCUUCAUCACCUACGCUGAUCUUGAGUCUUCCGCCUGGUGCCCUUCAGGUCAUGGACACAGAGGCUGUGGUGCUCUACAUUUCUGAAUAAGCUGUCCCUUCCAGAGACUCAAACUUUCAGGGUCUCACUGUACAUUCACAGACACUUUAUGACUUUGUUUUUGGGGCCAAGCAUUGUAUGAGUCAGACCUCAGCCUGCUGUGACAUCUUGCUUUUUUGGGGGUUUGUCUUUUCCCCAUAAUGCAUUGUUUCCCACGGAAUUAGAGUGUAUUUGUGGUAGUGGCACUGAAAAAAGUUGUGAAGUUUUGAAAAACAAAAUACUUUAUUUUGAUAUAUUUUUUGCAUUCUGAUUUGUUUUUCAAAUGAUGGGUUUGAGGGGAGCCCAGCUUUAUUUACAUGUCAGUCGUCUGGACCCUACUACCCCCUGCUCUAAAGCCUGGCAUCACCACACAGCUAGCAUAUGUUGUGAGUUCACCUGGAAGUCCCAAACACCAGGUAUGUUUAGUCUGUUCCUCUCUGCCGUUGUGUUUUCACAUAGAACCGUGCUGGUUAAAGUUAACGCCGCUGUAAAAAGGGCUAAUGUCAGCUAUCUUAGCUAACAUCAGGCUUUAUGUGAAAAACAAUGGCACAGAGAAACAGACUUACUUGCAGUCUGGGAGUUUCAGGUGAACUUGUGAAAGCUGUUGUCAUAGAUGUAUGGUAACGUCAGAGGCUUACUGCAGUCAAGCAGUCCAAGUGUGCACAGAUAGGAGGCGGCCACUGGGCUAUUCGACAGGGGUCCCAAUGUAAACAGAGAGAGAGAGAGAGAGAAACGGAGGGGCCGAGUGAAUCAAUGCGCUGCACACAGCUCUGCAAUAAAAUAAGAUAUUACCCAUUUAAAAAAGUAAAGAAAUAGUAAAGAAAUUUUAGUAAUAAUUACUAAAAUUAAUGUAAGGGAAACACUGUAAUGCUUUGUCAUUCCUGUCCAACCUAUGUUUUUAAGGGAUUUCCCUUGAGGAAUCAUCCUUUUUGUUGAGUCCAGUCAGUUUGUGUUGCUGUAAAGAAUUGUCAGGAUUAUUGUUGCCUUUUGAGAAUUACAGCAUGUAGAAUAAUCUUCGUCAGAGGCUAAUCUUCAAUAUUUUCUUUUGCACCAGUGUUUAAAAAAAAGAGAUUUAUUCCUGUAUUUUAUUGCACUUUUUGAUUGAUGCAUUUUGCUCUACUACUGCCUCAAAGAGUUUUUGUUUUUUAUGUUUUGUGUGAACAGCGUUUGUGAUGUGGAGAGUGAAUAUUCUCUAGGUUAAACACUCUAAACUUGUUGGAACCUCACCUUGAUUUCCAAAUCCCAGCUUGGUGAUUGGCUGUUAAUUGCCAAACAUGAUCCAAACAACAUACGCGCUCCGAUAUCGUGGAACGCACCUGAACGCAUAUGAGGAUAAUCAUUGUAUCUGAUCUGCAGCUGUUAUAGACAACCUUUCAUUGUGGUGGUUUCACAACUUCUGUUCUUUCAGGGCGCAAAGAAAAUCACUGUUAACGGCUGAUUUGUGAUAAAGUAAGUUUGCAAUGCGUCUUUGAUACUUCAAAGUAUUUUUGUAUGAAACCCUUUGGGUUACUUUUUUAUUAAAGAAAUGUUGAAUAAUA